AUGACGCUACCAAGAUCGAUUUUUGGCAUCUGUUUGCUCCUCGUAUUGGCGGAAUGCACAGCGUAUAUUGCCAACGAAUCGAGACCCCAAGUAUUACAAUAUGAAAUGGAGACAGCGAAUAUGCCUAAUUCUUACAACUUUCACUAUGACGCAAGCGAUGGGUCAUCCCGGACUGAGAAGGGUGCUAUACUCAACCCAGGUACGAAAGACUCGGCUCUGGACGUAGCUGGUGCUGUCCGCUGGUACGACGACAAAGGUCACCUCUACGAAAUGACCUAUAAAGCGGGGAAGAGAGGCUACAGAACGAUUAUAAAGAAGCUUUCGUAG